UAUCAACGCUGACUCACCCCCUCUUUUUAGCAAUUCUAGUUUCUUAACCAGCCUUGGCCCCUUUUAGCGAAUUUUCUUCCUUAGUAAUUUUAUUUUUAACAUUCAAAAGUUGCCCUAGAGUUACCGUUCCCUCUCAUUUCAUUUUUUUUUCUCGCUCAAUACGCAGCGGCGCGCUUCACAUGGGUUUUCUCCUGAUUCGCUAUCACUCCUCUUCCCACCUUGCAUACCUUCCUUUUUCCUGAAGUUCCUCGCGAUUCAACUGGGAGCGCCAUCGUCGAAGACCUCCGCGAUUUGGCUUCAAGCAUCGCCGCUGGAAACCCUCGUCUUUUGCGAUCAAGUCCGAAUCAGACGUGAUGUGAAGGAACUGAAAGAAAUCAAAGAAAAACAAAAGAUAGAUGUAGACAUCUCAUAUAUUUGCAGCAGUAAUAAUUUCUGUAUUGAUAAUAUUCAAAAACUCAAACAACUAAACAAGAUGAAGUGCCAUUUAUAGUAGCCUACCGAGUAUUCUAGAUGGCACAAGCUAACCCUAAUCCAGCUAGCUAAAAGGUACUAUCUAAAGAGCAUUAAAUGAAAGCUGCGUACAAGGGAAAACAACCAAAAUAGUAUAACAAAACUGAUACAGUCACGAGCUAACCAGAACGGCCAUAUUCCCAGCUGGGAUUCUUUGAGUCAAACCAUCUUCUAUCCUUGCUGGCAUGCAACGUGGAUAAUGGAGCUGAGGAACGGAAAGCUGAUUCCUCCCGCGAUUCUCCGCGGUUCCACUCCCAGUAUUGCCAUCGAGAACUCUUUGUGGCUCAAUUUCGAGCGUCAUCGUGGAGGACUUCUCGCGACUGAGCUUCAAACGCCGCCGCUGAAAACUCUUUGCGAUUCCGCUCCGAGCACCUCCGUCAAAAGCCCUCGUCCUUCUAUUUCUAACAGCGAGGUACUCAUGAUGUAAAAGUCAUGUCUACAGUAGGUGCGGAGCAAAAUUUGAUAAAUCGUCAACAGGAUAUGCGAUGUACUAGCUUAUCCUCCUCGACUUUGAGACAUAGAGAUUUGAAGGAAAUCAGAGAAAUUCUUGGGGGGUAUCCUUCUAUUCUAGAAGUUAGGCUUCCUCGGUCUAGGGAUGAACGUCCAGAUAACUGUAGGGAGGAUUCAAUUCCUUUGUGGAAGAAUCAUAUAGAUGCGGGAUUACGCUUGCCUCCUCCCCCUUUUAUCUUAGAAGUUAGCCGAUUGUUUGGUAUUCCUUUUUUCCAAAUCUCCCCGGGUGCAAUGCGUAGGGCCCUCGCCUUUCAUAUCGUGUGCCACGUGAAUGGGAUUCAAAAUACUGCUAGGCUAUUCUUUAAGACUCAGGUUCUUAGGAAAACUGGCAUUCAUUACCACUUCAAUUCGAAUCCCAAACAUAAGAUAGAAUUCCUGUCAGGGCUAGGUUCUCGUGACAAAGGGUGGUUGGGUAAAUAUUUCUUUGUGACCAUUAAGGAGGGAGGAUGGCGCUCCCUUGUUGGUGAUUCUGAGAUAAAAUGGCAUCCAUACAAACAUACUCCUCCCUCACCCAGGUCUUUACCUCGGCAUAAUGAGUUCGCCGUUUUUCAUGGAUUAAAUAAACGUCAUGACUCCGGGAAAUUGGAUUGUAAAGCCAUGAUAGAAAGUGCUACUGUUUUAGCCGGCUCUGCACUAUUCUCUGUGUAUCCUCGAGAUAAGAUUGGUAUGUCGUGGAAGCUGAAUUCAGGAGCAAUUGUUCCUGCCUUAACCGGGUCCUUCGCCUCCCCUAUCGGUAUUGCCAGCUCUGGCGUUGUUCCUUCUUCUCACCAGAUUGAUCCAAUUAGCCAAAGUCCAGCGUUCGACUCUGGCCCUCUUCGCGGCAAGUCAUCUGCCAGAGGCACGCCGACCUCUCGAUCUCUUUGUUUGAUCGAUGAUGUUUCCGCCUCAUCUGAUGAAAACGAGCCUCCAACUCGGCAGCCAAGGCGGAAAAGCACGGCUAAGAAAAAUGAUGGUGCUACCUCAAGUGUUGGGAAAAAGAGGCUCAGGAAACAUGCGGGUCUCAGUGAAGAAUCAAGAGUGGCCGUUGAUCACCUCUCCUCCCCUCUCGUUUCUCUUACCCCGGCGUCGUUGGUUAUCCCUCAUCAAUUCUCCCUACCUUCUACUCUUCCCCGAUCUCUGCAGGACUUAAGGGGUACAGAAUUUCAAGAGCGCUUAAUGGCGCAUGUAGUCCCUAGUGACCUCGAGACUAUAAAUACUAUGAAUUCAAAGAGCUUUAAUAAGGAAUUUUGUCAGGCUGUGGAAUGGAUGUCAUUAAGGAUUCUCUCAUCCAUCCAGCGUUCCGAUGCCUUGGAAGAGAAAUUGCAAUCAAAGGACCAAGAAGUUGCUAGAGCUGUGGCCAAGUCUGAUGCCUUGGAAGCAAAACUUGAAGAAGUUAAUUCAGCGCUGAAGUUGCUCAACGCUGAGAAGGCUUCACUGUGUUCUGAGCUGGACCGGAUGCGCAAAUCCCGAGAUGAGGAGAUAGCGCGUGCUGAGGCAGGGCUUCACGAGAGCUAUCAAGUUCAAUUGACUAAGGCAAAAGAGGAGGCCUACAUCUAUGGUACUCGUGAUUGUCGUUUGCAAUACUUCUUGACUGGCGUUGGCCAUCAGUUUCUGAAGAUAAUGUAUGAGGAUACCCUUAAGGCCUUCAGUAAAACGCCAGAGUCCUUAUUUGUCUUGGGGCCGGCGAUGGGAGUCUUGAUUAAAGAUGUGAGCUCAUUGGUGAUGAAUCAGAUCGGUGCCAGUGAUGAUCAGAGAGCUCUCUACAAUUUCGAUCAUGUGGUUAGGGAUGUCGACUCAAAAGCUUUGGAGAAAUGUUUGGGUAUUGAUUCCCAAGCUCCUGCGGGGCCCUUGUGGUGGGCGCCCGUUGCCGAUAAAGCAUUGCAGCUUUUUAUUGCAGGGGUAUGCUCUGAUCCUGUUCCUUCUUCUCCCUUCAUACGAACUCCCUAUUUGGAUGCAGCUCGGGCGAAUGCCGAGCCUAUCAUGACUCGAGUGGACCGUGACAAUCCUUUUUAUGCUCCCGCCUCUCCUGCUCCUGUUGCGGCGAUUUCCGCCAUGAGAUCUUCAAUAGAGCAGUAUCACAGUAAUGUGGUGACUUAUGUCCGUGAAAGUCAAGCCCGGGCAGAGCCAGGUCCCAUCAUCGCUGGAGAUUCCCGGAGUACCGCCCCAUCCGAUCAAGACGAGGUCCUUGAUGGGGAAGUUGAAGCUGAUGCUCCUCCCUAGUUAUCUCCUUGGCCGCCGAGUUUAUUCCUCUCUUUUUUGACUUGGGUUUUGUAGUUUCUAACUCUUAUGCCUUUUUUGGCUGGGACUGUUGAGACCUGCUAUUGAUUUACAAGUGGCAGCGCUGACCCCUUUGACAACUUGAGCAACGUUAUGCUUAUAGUAUAAUAUUAUGCGGUUGGGACCCAACCCGGACAAACCGUUUAUAUAAAUAAUUUUGUUAAAUGAAAUCAAACUUAUUCUUUAGUGCAUUGGUAAUGACUGUGCCUCUUCCUUUGCCUUAAA